AUGGCUUAUGGCUUUGUUUUGAGAGGACAUGGAUUUGAGCAUGCACACGUGUCUUUUUGGAACAGGAUUGCAUAUCCUUACCUGAUAUUUCGAGUACUCAAGCAAAUAAAUGUCCGUGUUCUACUUGUGCUUUUGCUCUUGCUCUUAGGUUUUGGAGUGAUCUUUUACAUUGGAGCAAGUACUUCUCCAAUUAUUGUGUUUGUCUUCACAAUAUCAGAUGCAAUACGUGAUGGAGCACAAGGCUUCUUCAGGACCCAGUAUGGUACUAUUUGUAAGAUGGCAAUGCUACUAGCACUGGUGAUCCUCUGUAUAUAUUUGUUCCGCAGCACAACUCCUCAACAAGAAUCUUCUGGCCUUGGAAGGUCAACAUCUGCAUAUAUCACUGUUGCUGCAUUCCUUUUGGGAGCUUUGUGUUCGGGUGUUACAGGUUAUGUUGGGAUGUGGGUGUCAGUACGUGCAAAUGUUAGAGUUUCUAGUGCUGCGAAGCGGUCAGCUAGAGAGGCAUUGCAGAUAGCUGUUCGUGCUGGUGGUUUGUCUGCCAUAGUGGUGGUUGGCAUAGCCAUCCUUUAUGCUACAUUUUAUGUAUGGUUGGGUGUGGAUUCCCCUGGUUCAAUGAAGGUCACUUUGCCUCUUAUCCUUGUGGGAUAUGGAUAUGGAGCUUCAUUUUUUGCACUGUUUGCUCAGUUGGGUGGUGGAAUAUACACAAAAGCUGCUGAUGUUGGGGCUGACCUUGUUGGAAAAGUAGAGCAGGGAAUACCAGAAGAUGAUCCUAGAAAUCCUGCAGUGAUUGCAGAUUUGGUUGGAGAUAAUGUGGGUGAUUGUGCUGCUCGAGGUGCUGAUCUUUUCGAAAGUAUUGCUGCUGAAACAAUUAGUGCCAUGAUACUUGGGGGAACCAUGGCCCAGCGUUGCAAAAUUGAGGGUAAUGCAAAUCCAUCUGGCUACAUCUUGUUUCCUCUUGUCGUUCAUUCAUUUGACCUGGUCAUAUCUUCAAUUGGAAUUCUUUCAAUCAGGAGUACUCGUGAUUCUAGUGUGAAGUCUCCCAUAGAGGAUCCAAUGGCAAUCCUUCAGAAAGGAUACUCGGUUACAAUAUGUCUGGCAGUUCUUACAUUCGCUGCGUCUACCUAUUGGAUGCUUUAUACAGAGCAAGCACCUUCAGCAUGGGUUCAUUUUGCGUUAUGUGGAUUGGUUGGAAUCAUCACAGCUUAUAUUUUUGUCUGGAUCACCAAGAACUAUACUGACUACAAGCAUGGUCGUGUACGCACAUUGGCUCUUGCUAGCUCCACCGGUCAUGGGAUUAACAUAAUUGCAGGAGUUAGUCUGGGGCUGGAAUCAACAGCCCUUCCUGUUCUUGUCAUUAGUGUAUCCAUAGUUUCAUCUUUCUGGCUGGGUCACAUUGCAGGGCUGGUUGAUGAGGCUGGAAACGCCACAGGUGGGCUGUUUGGUACAGCUGUGGCCACAAUGGGAAUGCUCAGCACCGCAUAAUGCUGUUUGGGGUGCUCUCCUUGGUGGUUGCAGGUUUUAUCGCAAUGCUGAGCUUGCUUCUCUCGUGUCUCAAAAAUUGGUUGCGGAACCUGACCCUGACAAAGCUGCGGGUUAUCUUUCUCUUUUGGCACAUGUGUAUGCGACUGCUGAAAAGUGGCAGGAUGUUGCUACUGUGAGACAGAAGAUGGUCACGAUGGGUGUGAAAAAGCCUGCUGAUCGAAGCUGGGUUUAAAUAAAUGAAGUGUUUCAUGAUUCUGUGGCAGGUGAUAGGACUCAUGAAAAUACAUCUUCAAUUUAUGAGAUGCUUGGAAAGAUCCCCCAGCCAAGCAAAGUUGGAAGGCUAUAAACCAGACAUAUCAAAGGUGUUACCAGAUGUUUACGAGUAAGUCAAGCAGAGUACCAACAUUUUAUGUUGAUUUCCCACCUUUCUCCUUGAAAACGAAAACGCUGCCUCAUUCUGCUUCAAAAUUCUUGUUCAAUCUAGCAGAAGUUUUUCAUCUAA